AUGAAAAAAUAUAGAAAACAAGAAGGAAUAAUAAGAGUCGUCAAUGGAAGAGGACCUUUCGAGGGAAACGUCGAAGUUCAUCAUUUAGGAAAAUGGGGAAGCAUAUGCGACGACGAAUGGGACAUGUCGGAAGCAAAUAUCGUCUGCCGUUAUUUGGGUUAUGAAAAAGCAGUUAAACCGACUCACGAUUCCUUUUUUGGUACAGCAAGACGAAAAUUUUGGAUGGAUAAUUUAUAUUGCGAUGGAAAUGAGAAAACUCUCGCCGAUUGUAGAUUUGACGGUUGGGGUAAAAGCGAUUGUACGGAAAAUGAAGCUGCCGGAGUCGUUUGCGAUUCACCGGAAGUUUACGUAAAAAAACCGGAAACUAUAAAACCACCUAAAAUAAAAAUUAAGGAUAAAGCUAAAGAAAAUGAUAAAAUUGAAAUAAGACUGAGGGGUGGAAGGAUACCGCAAGAAGGAAGAGUCGAAAUAAAAAUAGGAGAUUCAGAUUGGGGAGUCAUUUGCGGUGACGGUUGGAGUCUUUUAGAAGCCAACGUUAUUUGUAAGGAAUUAAAUUUGGGUUAUGCAAACGAUGCCGUACAAACGGAUUUUUUCGGGGGUGGUAAUACAUCGAUGAUAUUAAGCGGAGUGCAAUGUCGUGGUAACGAAACCGGAUUAUCCCACUGCUUCCACGACGAAUGGGGACAAGUGGAAUGCCCUGGGAAAAAAGGACACAUUGCUGGAGUCGUUUGCGUACCGAUGAUGGCGGAUUUGGUUAUCGACUACGAAGAAAUAAUGAGAACAAUACAUUUAGAAGAUCGACAAUUAUAUUUUUUACAAUGUGCAAUGGAAGAAAAUUGCGUGGCUUCUCAAGCAUAUCAAAUACAAAAAGAAGACACGCACGGAUGGCAUUUGGAAACGAGAAGACUUCUUAGAUUCACUGCGAGAAUUCCAAACGUUGGCACUGCCGAUUUUAGACCCUUCAUACCUAAACAUUUAUGGGAAUGGCAUUCCUGUCACAUGCAUUAUCACAGCAUGGAAGUAUUUGCAACAUUUGACGUCAUGGAUAAAAACGGUACGAAAGUUGCUGAAGGACACAAAGCAUCUUUUUGUUUGGAAGAUAAUCAAUGCAUACCUGGAGUCCAACCGACAUACGCAUGCGCUAAUUACGGCGAUCAAGGGAUUUCCGUUAAUUGUUCCGAUAUAUAUCGUUAUAACAUCGAUUGUCAAUGGAUCGAUAUAACCGAUCUCGAUCCUGGAAUUUAUCAUUUUAAGGUUUCAAUUAAUCCGGAAUUUAAAGUUGCCGAAAUAUCAUUUGAAAACAACGCCGCCCUUUGUACCUUAUACUACACGGAAUCAUAUGCUUACGUCAAUAAUUGUUCGCUGGCCAGACCGUAG